CGUGGUGGACGCACGCGUCGCGUCCAUGGCUUCGAUUGCCAGGUGCCGACCAUCCUGCGACCCUUGCCGAGGAUAAGAGCACCCCAGUAGCCUCCCUCUCCCUCUGCAACCCUAGCCCCCAAAUCCCCUCCCCCUCGCUCGAAUUCGACGACCUAAACAAGGUCGAGCUCGUGGUCGUCAUCAUCUUCAUCGAUCCCAUGGCCACCAGCCACCGUUUGCCACAAUUUUAUGCCCAGGAGCUCCGUCUGCCUCGUCUACUUCAUCUACGGCCAUCAGUUCGAGUCCCCUCGCGCUACAUCGCCAGGAUCGAGUCUUCUUCCUCCUUCGGCCACUUCCGUUCUCCAUCGACCCCGUCACCGUUCUGCGCUCCUAAGCUCUCAACGAGCCUCCGUGCGCUCCUUGACCCCGAGACUGUCGGCGACCCUCAGUUCGACUACGUCACCGACGACCCCUCCUUCUUGCCAGAGCAACCAGACGUUGGAGUCCAGGAGCCAGAGGAUCCCGAGGAUGGUUCUGCAAGGAGUUCGGCUUUGAGGAGUAGUUAGGAGGUCCCAGGCAAGAGGCCUCGCCUUUUCAAUGGUCACUAUUUUUGUGCUAGCCUUCUUAAGGCAAACUUGUUUAACUUAUGUCUGUACUCAGAUAUUGUUGCUUCCACUGACUCGUUUAUGUUCGAGCACUUGUAUUCGAGCCCUCGAGGCCCCUGGCUUGUAAU